AUGUCUAGUCCACUCGUUACUCGGCGUAACGGCAAGAAGCAAGCGUGCGAGCCUUGUCGCCGCCGAAAAGUCGCGUGCGACCACGGCUAUCCCAUCUGUCGCCGGUGCAGGAAGCAGCCGAACGGUGCAUCUGCAUGUUACUAUGCAGUGCCGGAACAAGCAGCGACCGCCUCUCGAGGGAGGCCCUCUCAGCGACGAGUGUCCGAAGCAUCAGCCUUACGCUCCGAGGUCACGGCACCUGCAGCCCAAACCAGGAACUUUGGACCCGAUGAUGGGUUGUGGAGCUCCCCUGCUGCGAGGCCGCCACAGGGCUUCUUCGGGCCUACAAGCUUCCCGGCUGCGUACCAAGAGACUGAGGCUAGUUUGGCUGCACAGGGUCCCUUGGUUACUGAAACUGCCCCUCCUUCACCGACAAUGUCAGCUCCACCAUCGGUGGCCGAGAUACAGAGUAUUGUGGAUAUGGAUCAAGGAGCAAGCCAACUUGCUAUAAAAGUACUCCAGGCCCUACCCGAGAAACUAUCCACCCAGAGAUCAAUGCCUAAAGCUAGCCUUGAUGAGGACUGGUUGGCUGGUAUUGGUGAUAGACUCCUAUCUAGUACUUGGGACACAUUCGGGCCUCAGCUCAGUGAUAGAGCAAACGCAGCAAGUUUGCGCGAGAUGGGCAGUAGAAUAUGUAUCAACACACGAAAAACGCUCAUAGAGGACCAAGAUGACCCGAAUGCAUGGAUUCAAAGCUUCUCGGGAGAGAAUCUGCGCUGGGAGACUGUUGGCGUUAUCUUCCUUUAUACAGCUUUGAGCGAGCUGUCAGCCACAUCGAACGAAGAUUCGAAGAGGAUAAUUCGCCAGUGCACUGAGUACUGUGCUUCAUGCAUAACUCUGGCUAACAUGGGCGGGAGUUCUGGGACGCUUAUGCUGUUUCUGGUAUACAAGCGAUCUGUUCUUCAUUCAUGGAUGCAUGGUGAGACCAGCUUGCCGUACUGGAAGUUCCAUGCAGAGGCAGUUGCAAUGUUGACGUUCUCCGGACUCCACGAUAAUCGGGCCAAGUCGUCACCGCAUAUGUCAUCAGUACCUACUGAGAUACGGAGGCGUAUUGGAUGCCAGAUCUUCGUGGUCGAUAAAUUCCUGGCCACUUUUGUUGGGCGACCUCCUCUUCUUACGAGGAGAUUCUGCUCUAUCAAGUUGCCACUUGACCUAGGAGAGUCAGCCUUGCUAUCAGAUAGAGAAACCUUCCAGAGGAAAUCUCAGCUCCUUGGUCAGGACGGAUGGAACAAAGAUGGGUGUAUCUACUCGGGCUCGCUUCUGCGUGUUCGCAUGAUGAUUGCGCUGGCAAGGGACGAGAUCCUCGAAGUUGUACUCGCUCAGGAUGGUGCUUACGGAAUUACGGAAGUCAUGCAACUCAAGACUAAACAGCUUGAUCUUUAUGCGAAGCUUCCUCAGCACCUGAUCUGGAGCCCAGCAACAGAGGGAAUAAGCGAGAUAGACCUUGAAAUCGGUUAUCCAAGGCUACUGAUAAGACUAGACCAUUUACUCAGCAUGUUUCUCAUCCAGCGACUGUUUGCCAGACAUGGUCAUCCAAGAACCGAGCUUCUGCGCACCAGUUUCGAGAUGGUCGUCUUGACGCUGAAUUUCUGGGCCCAAAAGCACAUCUGGGCUGCCCUGCAAGGCAAAUGUCGAUGGAUAAUCAUGGGAUACGCGACCCUCGCCGGAGCCGUCUUGUGCAUGGAACUCAUAGAACCCGUCCCAGUUACAGUAUCAACACAAGAUAGCAUCAUAGCCGGUGAAAUAUAUUCUCGGUCAUCGAUCAUUCAGCAACUUAGUCUUCUGUUAGGAUAUCUCAAGACUUCAUGUCCGUCGCAAACACACUGUUCAGUUGCUCAUAAUGUACGAGGGGUGAUCAAGAAGGUCCUUGAUCAUAUUCUGAAUAAUCCAACUAUUACUCAACCUGUAGCUGAGUUUGAGGGAAUAGACUUUGCGGGUAGUUGGGAUCAUUUUUUCGUAUUUUAG